AUGGAGAGGAUGCAGGGAGAGGGAGAGGUGGACCACCUGGAGCGACCGAGCCCGCUGACUGACAAGGAGAGGGUGAUGAUCCAGGACUCGUGGGCUAAAGUCUACCAGAACUGUGACGACGUCGGGGUGGCCAUACUAGUCAGGCUGUUUGUGAACUUCCCCUCGUCCAAGCAGUACUUCAGCCAGUUCAAGCACAUCGAGGAUGCGGAGGAGCUGGAGAAGAGCUCCCAGCUGAGGAAACACGCUCACAGAGUGAUGAACGCCCUCAACACGCUGGUGGAGAGCCUCGACAGCUCCGAAAAGGUGGCUUCAGUGCUAAAGCUGGUGGGGAAGGCCCACGCGCUCCGUCACAAGGUGGAGCCUGUGUACUUCAAGAUUCUGAGUGGUGUGAUUCUGGAGGUCCUGGGAGAAGAGUUUGCGGAGGUUGUGACGCCGGAGGUGGCUGCAGCAUGGACCAAACUCCUGGCUACGGUCUACUGCGGCAUCACAGCCGUCUACGAGGAGGUGGGCUGGACGAAGCUUUCGACCUCGACCGGUUGAAGGUCCCAAACUUGGACACAUGGAGAUCCUUCCAGUUUUUUCCUCAGAUAGGAAAAUGACUGUAACCUGGACUGUAUCUGGGAAUACAGUUUCAUGUAAUCUACAAUAAUAAUGGGCGGUGGAACAUACACUCUAUUAUAAACAACAAUAAGAACAAGUACUCUGCCCUCGUCGUGGCUAGCAGAGUGUGUGAGUGUGUGUUUGUGUGUGAGAGCGAAAGUAAAAUAUUUAAAGCUCCCCUCCUUGUUCUCGUGUAAAAGGCUGGAAGCAGAGAGCAAAGAGGAAGAAAAUACAAACCGUAGAUCCAACAGUGGACAAGAGGUCACAUUUGACUUGGAUGUGCCUUCUGCUGAAUGUGUAUAUCUGGAAAGAAUGAAAUGUAAACGGCAUUCUUUAUAUAUUAGGAUGUUUUUGCAGACGUUUCCUCUUAUCAGUGCGUGCCCACUUGUGUCCGUUUUACUAGGUAUUACAAAGACAUUUUUACAUUUCUAACAGUUAUUUGUGACGAUUGUACAUUUUUUUCAUUAUGACUCACAUUUGUAUCUGUAACUGAGUAAAUUUUGAAAUAAAAAAAAU